UCUUCAAAUUGCGCAGUGUACCGAAGUUAUCAGUGCCAUACUUAUGUGUGCAGUACAAAAUUAACGUGGAAUUAAUUUUCACAAAGUUCUGCGUUUAGUUAAGUAGUGACUGGAUAGUCCGCCGCAAACGUUGCUUGCAUAAUCUAUCGAUUAUACCAUUCUCACUUAAUUCACAACCGAACAGUAACAUGGCUGCUGGACUGCGGACAAUCUUCCAUAUUUCUAAGCGCGGAAUACAUGGACUGCGAUCGGAGUACACGAAUCCGAAGUUUGCUGGAAUAUUCGGGGCUUUGAUGAAUCGGGGACAGGGCAAGGAAGGAGUACGCGAUGGACCUAACGCUAUCCGUGAAGCCGGCUUGUUCCAGCAGCUGAGUGACUGUGGAAUAACCGCCAAGGAUUACGGUGAUGUGGCGAUUGAAGCGGUGGCGUCGGAUGAUCCGUGGAAGAAAGUCAAAUACUGCCGCACCGUCGGCAACGGAUGCAAAAUGAUUGCCGGAAAAAUGGACAUGAUAAUCAAAGACCAAGGCGUUCCGGUAAUGUUGGGAGGGGACCACGCGACAGCCAUCGGUAGUAUCUUGGGCCACGCCCAGGCCAUCCGGGAUGUACGGAAGCAGCACGUCGGCACCACAUCUCCUAUCUGCGUGUUGUGGGUGGACGCGCACGCCGAUAUUAACACUCCGCUGACCACCUAUACUGGUAAUCUGCACGGAUGUCCCGUUUCCUUCCUGCUGCACGAGACCAUGAACUGCAUUCCCCACGGUAUGCCCGGCAUGGAAUGGGUCCGACCAUGUUUAACAGCUGAUCGCAUCGCAUACAUUGGCCUUCGUGCUCUGGACCCAGAUGAAUAUUACCUGCUAGAAAAGUUGAAUGUCACCUAUUUCCAUAUGCGGGAUGUCGACAAAUUGGGUGUACAACAGUGCGUUGAACGAGCGUUGCAUGCCAUUAAUCCACGAGGUGAUUUACCGUUACACCUAAGCUACGAUAUCGAUGCCCUGGAUCCAAAUGAGGCGGCCAGCACCGGUACACCGGUUAUGGGAGGAUUAACUUUACGCGAAGGGCUGCAGAUUGUGGAGCACGUACAUCAAAGCGGUCAACUAAGCGCGAUGGACCUGGUGGAAGUGAAUCCCGAACUGGGCACGCCGUAUCAGCGAGCCAAGACUAUGGAGGCCGCCAUUGCCAUAAUAUCGGGUGCACUGGGUAAACCGCGUCAAGGUGUUCCGCCAAAACCCGGUUUUGUGCUGCCUAUUCCCGAAGCGCUGGCCAAAGAUUCUUAAAAACAAGCAUUCCAUAUUUCAGUUUAUUGGUUUUGCUGGAGAUUAUGGCUGUAUGCUUGCAGUUUCGUUGUGAUGUCCUUAAAAUUUUAUGGAGAAUUUUUACAGUAGUUAAUCAGUUACUGUCUGAGUUGAGCAAAGACGAAACCCAAAUUUUUAGCCGCCUUUAUGGUUUGGUUUAUCCUUCUGUUAUUUUUGUGGAAGAAAAAGACUCAACCCUUG